UAUAAUUAUUUUUGAUAGCUUAUUUUGGUUUUUCCACGUAGCUGAUUAUUAUCUGUGACUUAUGACAACUUUGUUUCUUAUUUUCCAAUCCUUAUUUUUUUUGUAUCUUUCAUCAUCUUAUGCACUGGCCAAUACUUCCAGAACAAUGGUGAAGAAAAGCAGUUAUAGUAGACAUCUUUGUCUUACUACUGUUUUAAAAAGAAAUUUAUUUAACAUUUUAUCAGUAAGUAUAAAGGUCACUGUGGGCUUUUCCUGGAUACUCUUUCUCAGCCUAAGAGUAUUCUUUUCUAUUCCUAAUUGGCUUGGAGCUUUUAUCCUGAAUGGUGGUUGAAUGUUAUCAAAUACUUUUUCUGUAUCCAUUGAGCUGAUUGAUUUUUCCUUUAAUCUGUUAGAGAUAGUAAUUUUUAUUGAUUUUUCUAAUGUUGACUUAGUAUUUCAUUCCACAAUAAACUCAGCGGUUCUUAAUAUGUAAUAUUUUUUAAUACAGUAUUGGAUCCCAUUUGCUAAUAUUUUGUUUAGGUUUUUUGCAUCUGUGAUCAUGUGUGAGUUUGUCAUUUUUCCUCUUACUGUUCUUGAAUGGUUUGGCACAUAACAAGAGAUUAUGUUGAUCUCAUAAAAUGAGUUGAGGAGGAUGUCCUCUUAUAUCUAGAAUAGUUCGUAUGAGAUUGAAAAUGUCUCUUCCUUGGAUGUUUGAUAUUUAGCUGAUGUUUUACGAUGAUGAAUAAGGAGGCUAUUUCACCUAUAGGUAUGGGAUAUAUACAGUUGGCCCUCCAUAUCUGUGGUUCCACAUCUGUGGAUUCAACCAAGUGAAAGUCAAAAAUAUUUAGGGGGAAAAAGAAGUUCCAAAAAGCAAAACUUGCAUUUGCCACAGCCGAGUACUAUGCUGAAUCCAUGCGAAUGAAGGGCUGUGUAGGGAUCCCCUGCGCCUCCUGCCAUAUCACAGAUCCUCAGUCUCUCCAGCACUGGUUGUUUGAGCAUUGCCCGCUUUGUUUCUAUGAAAAAAUGGCCCCUAAAAAGCAGUGAAGUGGUGGUCAGAGCAAUCCCUCAGAGGGUAGGAGGGAGCAUUAAGUGCUAUUUAUAUAGUACUUUACAGCUGUAGGUUUGCAGUGAGUGCUAUGAGUCGGAAUCGACUGCUCGGCAGCAGGGUUUUACAACUAUUUACAUUGCAUUUACAUUGUAUUAGAUAUUAUGAGUAAUCUAGAGAUGAUUUAAGGUAUGCAGGAGGAUGUGCGUAGGUUGUAAACAAAUAACUACAUCAUUUUAUAUAAGAGACUUGAGCAUCUGCAGAUAAUUGGUAUUGAGCAUCCACAGAUAUUGGUAUCCAGUCCCCCGUGGCUACCUAGGGAAGACUGUAUUUUAUUUUGUAGAAUUAGACUGCAGAAGGAGAUACUUGAUUCAUUGCAUUUUAGCCGCUUGUUGUUUCUGGACUUUGCCUAGUCUAAAGUUACAGUGUAGCGUUGAGUUAUUUAUUUGACUCUGGCAUAGGGUAAUAAAGUUGUUAAACAGAUGAGCCAUUGUAGGGAGAGCUAGGGAGGAUAUCUAGUUUUGGGAAUUUCUUUGCCCUUUUUCCUACACUAUAGACAGAAAGCUAGUGCUUCUUGGAUGUAUAGACUAAAUUUCUAUUUGUCUUACAGAAGUGAUAGACCUUACUCAUGAUAACAAGGAUGAUCUUCAGGCUGCCAUUGCUUUGAGUCUUCUGGAAUCCCCCAAAAUUCAAGCUGAUGGAAGAGAUCUUAACAGGAUGCACGAAGCCACCUCUGCAGAAACUAAACGCUCAAAGAGAAAACGUUGUGAAGUCUGGGGAGAAAAUCCCAAUCCCAACGACUGGAGGAGAGUUGAUGGUUGGCCAGUUGGGCUGAAAAAUGUUGGCAAUACAUGUUGGUUUAAUGCUGUUAUUCAGUCUCUCUUUCAAUUGCCUGAAUUUCGAAGACUUGUUCUCAGCUAUAGUCUGCCGCAAAAUGUACUAGAAAAUUGUCGAAGUCACACGGAAAAGAGAAAUGUCGUGUUUAUGCAGGAGCUUCAGUAUCUGUUUGCUCUGAUGAUGGGAUCAAAUCGCAAGUUUGUAGACCCUUCAGCAGCCCUAGAUCUCUUAAAGGGAGCAUUCCGAUCAUCUGAGGAACAGCAGCAAGAUGUAAGUGAAUUCACACACAAGCUCCUGGAUUGGCUAGAGGACGCAUUCCAGCUAGCUGUUAAUGUUAACAGCAAUUCCGGCAACAAAUGUGAAAAUCCAAUGGUGCAGCUCUUCUACGGUACUUUCCUGACUGAAGGAGUUCGUGAAGGAAAGCCCUUUUGUAACAGCGAGACCUUCGGCCAGUAUCCCCUUCAGGUAAACGGUUAUCGCAACUUAGACGAAUGUUUGGAAGGGGCCAUGGUGGAGGGUGACAUUGAGCUGCUUCCUUCCGAUCAUUCAGUGAAGUAUGGACAAGAGUGUUGGUUUACAAAGCUACCUCCAGUGUUGACCUUUGAACUCUCAAGAUUUGAGUUCAAUCAGUCUCUUGGUCAGCCAGAGAAAAUUCACAAUAAGCUGGAAUUUCCUCAGAUUAUUUAUAUAGACAGGUACAUGUAUAGGAGCAAAGAGCUUAUCCGAAAUAAGAGAGAGUGUAUUCGAAAGUUGAAGGAGGAAAUAAAAGUUCUGCAGCAAAAACUGGACAGGAAUGAGCCUUUUAAUAGACUCUCCAUGGAUAACAGAUCUUUGUCAGCAAGCCUCACAAUACAAAUAGACUUGGCCAGUAAAGGACCACUGUCCUUACUUCUUAGGUAUGUGAAGUACGGGUCGGGUCCAGCUCGGUUCCCACUCCCGGACAUGUUGAAAUAUGUUAUUGAAUUUGCUAGUACAAAACCUGCCUCAGAGAGCUCUCCAUCUCCAAGUGACACACGGGUGACAUUACCACUUUCUUCUGUGCACUCUCCAGUUUCUGACCUGACAUCCAAGGAAAGUACAAGUACAGAAAGCUCUUCUCAGGAUGUUGAAAGUACCUUUUCUUCUCCUGAAGAUUCUCUACACAAGUCUAAGAGUAAGCCGCUCACAUCUUCUCGGUCUUCCAUGGAAAUGCCUGCACACCCAGCUCCUCGAACAGUCACAGAUGAGGAGAUGAACUUUGUUAAGACCUGCCUUCAGAGGUGGAGGAGUGAGAUCGAACAAGAUAUACAAGACUUAAAGAAUUGUAUUGCAAGCAGUACCCAGACUAUUGAGCAGAUGUAUUGUGAUCCUCUCCUUCGUCAGGUGCCUUACCGCUUGCAUGCAGUUCUUGUUCAUGAAGGACAAGCAAAUGCUGGACACUACUGGGCCUAUAUCUAUAAUCAACCCCGACAAAUCUGGCUCAAGUACAAUGACAUCUCUGUAACCGAAUCUUCCUGGGAAGAACUUGAAAGAGAUUCUUAUGGAGGUCUGAGAAAUGUUAGUGCUUACUGUCUGAUGUACAUUAAUGACAAGCUACCCCACUUCAGUGCAGAGACGGCCACAAAUGAAUCAGAUCAAAUGUUAGAAGAAUUGGAAGCCCUGUCUGUUGAACUUAAGCAUUACAUUCAGGAAGAUAACUGGAGGUUUGAGCAGGAAGUAGAGGAGUGGGAAGAAGAGCAGUCUUGCAAAAUCCCUCAAAUGCAAUCCUCCACCACCUCAACAUCACAGGAUUUCUCUACAUCACCAGAGCCUUCAGUAGCCUCUUGUCAUGGGGUUCGCUGUUUGUCAUCUGAGCAUGCUGUGAUUGCCAAGGAGCAGACUGCCCAGGCUAUUGCCAACACAGCACAUGCCUACGAGAACAGUGGUGUAGAAGCCGCAUUGAGUGAGGCAUUCCAUGAAGAAUACUCCAGGCUGUAUCAGCUUGCCAAGGAGACCCCCGCCUCUCACAGUGAUCCUCGACUUCAGCAUGUCCUUGUCUACUUUUUCCAAAAUGAAGCACCCAAAAGGGUAGUAGAACGGACCCUUUUGGAACAGUUUGCAGAUAAAAAUCUUAGCUAUGAUGAAAGAUCAAUCAGUAUUAUGAAGGUGGCGCAAGCUAAACUGAAGGAAAUUGGUCCAGAUGACAUGAAUAUGGACGAGUACAAGAAGUGGCAUGAAGAUUAUAGUUUGUUUCGAAAGGUGUCUGUGUAUCUUCUAACAGGCCUGGAACUCUAUCAAAAAGGAAAGUACCAAGAGGCACUUUCAUACCUGGUAUAUGCCUACCAGAGCAAUGCCGCUCUGCUAAUGAAGGGGCCCCGCCGGGGGGUCAAGGAAUCUGUGAUUGCUCUGUACCGAAGAAAAUGCCUUCUGGAGCUGAAUGCCAAAGCAGCUUCUCUCUUUGAAACAAAUGAUGACCACUCUGUAACAGAGGGCAUUAGUGUUAUGAAUGAGUUGAUCAUUCCCUGCAUUCGCCUUAUCAUUAACAACGACAUCUCCAAGGAUGACCUGGAUGCCAUUGAGGUCAUGAGAAACCAUUGGUGCUCUUAUCUUGGGCAAGAUAUUGCAGAAAAUCUGCAGCUGUGCUUAGGGGAGUUUCUGCCAAGACUUCUUGAUCCCUCUGCAGAGAUCAUUGUCCUGAAGGAGCCUCCGACUAUUCGGCCUAAUUCUCCUUAUGACCUCUGUAGCCGAUUUGCAGCUGUCAUGGAGUCAAUUCAAGGGGUUUCAACUGUGGCAGUGAAGUAAACCCCUACGUGUUCAAGGCCAAUCCUGGUCUCUGGUUGCCUACUUGUUGCACAGAAUUCCGUUGUCAUAGUAUUCACCUUGGGAAAGGGAUUAGGUGGACAUGCAAGAUUCCGAUCAAGUCCUCAGUCAUGCUGUGUGUAUAUAGAAGGAUUAAAAAUAAAAUUGCACUUUUUAGGUACAGAAUUGUAAAAACUAUUUUACUAGAAAAGGCAGGAACCAGUGUAUUAAGAUACUGAAUUACAUCAGAAGACCUAAAAUGCCUUUUGUACCUACAAGAAUGCUUGGGCUUUUCUAAGUCCCUUGCCACUUUUUAAAUUAUCCUUCAGGUCUAAGUAUUUUUGACAGCAGAAUAGAAAAGUGAUUCAUCAGAACCUGAAUCAGAUGAACAGCUACUAGUUAUUUUAUCAAAUACUAAUGACAUUUAAAAACUCUUAAUUGCAAGAGAUUAGAAAUGUAGACUUGGCCUGACUCUUAACAGGAGAUGACAUAAGUGGAUUGCUGAUGAACUGCUGCCCUUUUACACGUGGGUAGAAAAUAGGCCUACAUGGCAGUGAGAUGCUGAAAAGUCAAGAGAAUACUGCCUCUCCUUCGUUUCUCUCUCUGUUUCUUCUCCCUCUUUUAUUUUACAUUUUUAAAUAAACCAGAAAACCUCAUACUCAGUCUUGAGUUAAAGAAAGGAAAGCGUAAGGACUUUAUACAGGAUAGCCUUGUGAAACUUGACUCGAGAUAGUGUUUCGGUAGUUGUUAACCAUUUAGGUAAAUUUUUCUAGCAUCUGAUAAUUGUCAAAAAUGGGUCUAAGGCUUCUGCUGGCCCAAAAGAACAUUUAGAUCCCUUCUCUCCUUUAAAAAAUAUGGGAUGUGGAUUUGUAGAAAGAAAAAAUAUAUAUAUAUGUGUGUGUAUAUGUAGAGAGAGAAAUAUCCCCUGGUAACCAUUUUUAAAAGCCUCCUGAUUGGGUACUGUGUUUUAACCAAAUUUUAAGGAUUAAUGGAGGAUUGGUGGGAGGGAAGAACAACUGAUGUAACUAUGCAGGUUUUAUAAAUGUGCAAUAAAAGCAUUUGUUUUACCUUUAGUGUUUUUGUUUUUAAAUAUGUUUUUACCAUUUUGGAAAUAGCUGAACUCAGUAAUUAUGUAAACUAAUAAUUUCUUUUAUAAGGAUCAGCAAGCUGGUUCCUAUGAGGUGGAGGUUAAAAA